CCUAGAACUAAGGAAGAAGUCGCCCUACUCAUCCAAACCGCUUCACGUGGCCACCUGCUUCCAAAACACGAAAGCGCCUGGUACUCCUUUGGGUUUGUCUGCACUACGACUGAAGAAGACGAGCGACGACUUGCAGGUCUCUACGCCGUCUUUAUCCAGGAAACAGACAGUCCAGACAGCUUCCGCGAGCUCCAGCACACUCUAGAGACGUGUAAUCUAGCAACUCUAUUCGACACAAAGGGAUAUGGCAACUUCCGCGAACUUUCCCCCCACCUGGAAACAUUCCUCACCACGCCAGCCGAGCAGCGUCCCACGGUAUGGCGUCUGAAGCAAUUCAUCCACGAUACCAAUAACGCGAACCCACCAGCUAGCCUUCGGCGCGACUACGGCUUCAAGUACUGCAGACAAAGAGAUGAAGUCACGCGUCUUAAGGCCAUCUACAGCAAGAUGUUCGAGAAGAUGGGGGUAAUGGAGGUACAUGGUGCUUGUGUACCUGGCAGGUUAUACGAGACUGCUAAACGCGAGGGAGUGUCUAUUCAGGCCAAGGAUGCAAGGCUUAUGAAGAAUGACUAUCCUUCCCCUUUUGUGGGGUUUGAGAACACGGCUGGACUUGAGAAUUACCGGAAGCCGUUGUUUAAAAAGCAGCUGAAG